AUGGACCUACAAAUCAUUGAAAAAGUGAUCAUCACUAACAGGAUGGACUGCUGCUUUGAACAAAUCAACGGAGCAGAGAUUCGCAUUGGAAUGUCCUUGGAGAACAACGGCAACAACAAUUCCAAAUGUGCAGAAAUUUCUGGUAUUUCAGCACGUCAGUCUGUUUCCUACUCAUGCGGUGGAAUGCAAGGCCGUUAUGUGAAUGUGGUCAUUCCUGGAGAUUCGAAGAAUCUCUCUCUGUGUGAAGUUGAAGUCUUCGUAAACGAGCUUGAUCACUUUCCAGAUAGUUUGAAAAUAAGGGGUCGUGCUGUUCAGUCCUCUCUACUUGAAUACUUUCGGGCUGAUCGUGCUGUCGAUGGAAUAAAAUAUGCCCCGGGAACAGCAUCAUUUUGUACUCAUACACAAUCACAAACGGAUCCAUGGUGGAGGCUGGAUCUGUUGGAUAAUUACUAUAUCAGCAGCGUGACCAUCACAGGCAGAGCUGACUGCUGUUCACAACGACUCAACGGAGCAGAGAUUCACAUCGGAAACUCCCUCGAAGAAAAUGGCAACAACAAUCCCAUAUGUGCUGUGAUUGCUAAUAUUUCAUUAGGAGUGUCCUACAGCUACGCGUGUCCCGAUAUGGAGGGACGUUACGUGAACAUUGUUAUUCCUGGAGAUGGGAAGAUUCUCACGCUCUGUGAGGUUGAAGUCUAUGGGGGUUUUCCAGUUUGA